AUGGUCGUCAAAAUCCCCACACUCAAGCUCCCGAACGCCAAUAACACAGAGAUACCCGCUAUCGGAUUGGGAUGCUGGGGCGGAGUGACGAAAGAGGAGAGGGCGAAGUCGAAAGAUUGGAUUUUGAGUGCGUUGAAGUCUGGAUAUAGGCUUUUGGACACUGCGUAUGGCUAUGGUACUGAGCAGUAUGUGGGUGAAGCGAUCAGGGAGAGCGGAAUUCCGAGGGAAGAAAUAUUCGUGAUCACAAAACUCCCAACGCACCACCACAGGAAAGUCCAAGAGUCUAUAGAUCAGUCACUCAAGAACCUCGGGAUGGACUACGUCGACUUGUACCUGAUGCACUUCCCCCAAGCCGUCAUCGAUAACGAUGAUGAAAACGACCUCGUCGACGAAAACGGCAACGCCAUGCCGAUCGACGAUGGUAUCACAUUCAACGAGACGUACGCUCAGAUGGAAGAAGCCCUCGCAGCUGGGAAAGCUAGAGCCAUCGGCGUGUCGAAUUUCUCUAUCAAGACACUCACCGAGCUCCUCAAGACUGCGAAAGUCGUGCCGGCGCUGAACGAGGUCGAGAUGCACCCACUGCUCGCCCAAGAAUCUCUGAAGUCUUUUUGCGACGCACGCGGAAUUCUGACAUGCGCGUAUAGCCCGUCAGGAUGGGCCACCGUCCGCGAAGACCCGACCAUACUCGAGCUCGCGAAGAAAUACGGUGUAGAGAGCACACAAAUCAUCAUGGCGUGGCAUGUUAAGCGGGGGGUGAUUCCCAUUCCGAAGUCUUCGAAUGAGAGGAGGCAGAGGCAGAAUAUUGACCUGCCUGUGCUGAGCGACGAGGACUUUGCGAAGGUUAGUGCGAUGGAUCAGGGUAAGAGGUUGUGCAAUGCUAUUGGGCCGGAUGGGAAAUGUUAUGGGUGGACGGCGGAGCAGUAUGGAUGGUGAGAGUGUCCUGGAGAAGAAGCUAAAUCAAGAAAUCUGUACAAUCGUCGUUCUCUCUACCUGGUGUUCUAUCAAUGUUGUAGUAUGCUUGUAAACUCGGUCGGCGCCGCAAAAUCCCUUUGUUCUCAUA